CACAACAACAGCAACAACAACAGCAGCAAAUUGAACAUUUUUUCUUUGUGGUAUUUUGAGACUUGGUUUUUGUUAUUGCUUUAUCACUGUGUUUGAUGUUAUCGUUUGCUGCGACUGCACCUGUGCCUCGCCUUCAUCCAUUCGACAAUUGAAGUUUGAGUCGAGCCAAAGCCAUAAACUACAUAUAUACGUACCAUACUGACUUUCUAUGCGCAACAACUCGACAGUGUCCAGGGAGCGCACCAGCGACUCAGCGACAGCAGCGUCGUCGGGAACAGCAGCCACAACACCAACGGUUGCAAUUGCAACAGCGACGACGACGACGACGCCAUCGGCAGCAGCAGCAGCAGCGGGGGGAGGAGGAGCGGGAGCGUUGGCCACACCGACGGCAGCCAACAGCAAUUCGUCGGCCUCGUCCAGCACAGUGGCAGCUGCACAGGCGGCUGUCUACAGCGGCGGCAACACGGUGACCGGCAGCCUGGGUAGCAGCGGGGGCGUGGCAGUGCGCGGUUUUCGCAGCCACAGCCCCACACACCGGCGACACAGCCGUGAGCGCCAGCGACGCACACAUGGCUCCGAUCAAGGCGGUCUCCUGGCCUACAGCGGCAUGGUAGGCGAUAUGACAGACUUUGGCAUCAGUCUCAGCCACGGCGGCGGCGGUGGCAGCGCCGGCACCGGCAGUGGCCUAGAGGACUCACGACUGUCCGGCAAUGAGGACUACUAUGCGUCUAUGGCAUCGGAUGAAUUCGAUAGCAGCAAGAAGCUGCACCAUCGACGCCAUGAGCGCAGUUCCAGUGUGCAGGCCAUAGAUCGUCUGAAUACGAAAAUACAGUGCACCAAGGAAUCCAUCAGGCAGGAGCAAACAGCCCGGGAUGAUAAUGUGAACGAGUAUCUGAAACUCGCAGCCAGCGCCGAUAAACAGCAAUUGCAACGCAUCAAGGCGGUGUUCGAGAAGAAGAAUCAGAAAAGCGCACACAGCAUAUCGCAGCUGCAAAAAAAACUGGACAAUUAUACCAAGCGAGCCAAGGAUCUGCAGAAUCAUCAAUUUCAAACCAAGAGCCAGCACCGGCAACCACGCGAGGUGCUCCGCGACGUCGGCCAGGGACUACGCAAUGUGGGUGGCAAUAUACGUGACGGAAUUACGGGCUUCUCCGGUUCGGUGAUGUCGAAGCCGCGCGAAUUUGCGCAUCUCAUUAAGAACAAAUUCGGCAGUGCGGACAAUAUAAAUCAGAUUGCUGACGCCGAGCUUCAAGCCAUUCAGGCGGCAAAUGCGGACGCUCUGACAGCGGCCAAUGAGCGAUUGCUGCAUCAACCCGGCCCUGGCACCUCGACGGGCUCCGGCGGCGGCAACAACAUGAACAACAACAACGCAGGCACUGGCAGCGGCACCGGCAAAUUCAACAGCGACAACGGCAGUGAGUGCAGCAGUGUAACCAGCGAAAGCAUACCAGCGGGAUCUGGCAAGAGUCAGUCGGGCGCCAGCCAGUACCACAUUGUGCUCAAGUCCCUGCUCACUGAAUUGUCCGAGCGCAAAGCGGAGAUCGAGAAGCUUAAAGAGCGAGUCGAUCGACUUGAGACUAGCCAAAAGGAGUUCAACAAUUUGACAGCCACUCUCGAAAGUGAACGCUUCCGUGCUGAGGGACUGGAGGAGCAAAUCAAUGACUUGACGGAAUUGCAUCAGAAUGAAAUCGAGAAUCUGAAACAAACAAUUGCUGACAUGGAAGAGAAAGUACAAUACCAAAGCGAUGAAAGACUACGUGACGUCAACGAAGUGCUCGAGAAUUGUCAAACAAGGAUAUCGAAAAUGGAGCAUAUGUCUCAGCAGCAAUAUGUCACCGUCGAGGGCAUUGACAAUUCGAACGCUCGCGCCCUGGUUGUGAAACUCAUCAAUGUGGUCUUAACAAUAUUGCAAGUGGUGCUGCUGUUGGUGGCAACCGCUGCUGGCAUUAUUAUGCCGUUUCUCAAAACGAGGCUUCGCGUGCUGACCACAUUUUUAACGAUUUGCUUUAUAAUCUUUGUGAUACGCCAAUGGCCGGAUGUGCAGGAUAUAGGCUCUGGCCUUGUGCGGUAUCUCAAACAGUCGCUGGUGGUGAAGUGAGACGGCGGUGACUCCAUGUUCGACUAUUAGUUUCUUAAUGUUAAUAGUAUUAAGUUAAAAAGUACAUAUUUUGUAUAUAACUUAUAAAUACACAAAACGUAAUAGUUUAAAAUUUAAUUAGUGUCAAGACAACACACGCAUCACAUUACCGAAUCACAUAUACAUUUUCAUAUAUAUAUAUAUAUAUAUAUAUAUAUAUAUAUAUAUAUAUAUAUAUAUAUAUAUAUAUAUAUAUAUAUAUAAGAAUAUAUGUGUAUACACAUGCAUAAUUGCAUACGAGUUGUACAAACAAGUGAAAAACUAUAUCGCACACAUCUACACAUUCAUACACACAUAAAUAAAACAUAAUGUAUACACUUAGCGAAAUUCGAUUUAAAAACUCUGCUAAUGGCUUAGUCUAAUAACUGCAAUGCUGACAAGAUUAUGUGCAUUACUCAAUACUAUAAAUAAAUAUGUAUAUCUAAAUACUAUAUAUAUAUAUAUAUAUCUGUUUAUAGUUAUCGUAUACAUUAAAACCAUUUGUAUUUGUACAAAACCAA